GACCGCUGGGAGGAGCCCGUGUGCCCCCUCCUGCCUCCCUGCUCCCUUUCAGCAUCUCCCUAUGGAGAUUUACCUAUUUAGGGGUAGAAGAAGGUGGCUAAGGCCAUCCUCGGUCAAGCUAAGAUGUUUCCCAGUGGUCAGUGAGAAUGGGGAGAGGGACCCCAAGCACAGCCCCAGCCUGUCCCCGUGUUCCACGGGACCCCAGGAGACGGUGGCCCCAGAAUGAGCAGAGAGCUCUCCCAGGAAAGGGCACGGGAUAGGAGGAGGUGCUGGCAAGAGCAUCAGCUCUGCGGAGAGAACCCCACACUGAUCUCCUCGUGCAGUGCCUGACAGCUGAGAGCGAUUCCCAGCAGCUGGUCCCCACUCCUUGCUUUUCUCCGGCCACGAAAAGCUGCCUCCCACCCCAAAAGCCUCCCGGCCCCAAUGCAUCCCACCCCACUGCCUGUCCCUGCCCGUCCCUGCCCGCUUGCUUGCUGUCUAGUGCUGCCCAGGCUGUGCGUGGCCGGGGCAGGGCAGAGCCCGGCCGACCACGCGGACGCGUCUCCAAAUCUCAUUUUUUUGGUGAACAUUUGUAGUUGUUUCCACAGCUUGUCGUCAAAGAGAUUCUGUUCAAGGAGAGAAAAAAAAAAAAAAAAAAAAAAAAAAAAAAAAAGGAAAAAGGCAAAAAAAAAAAAGGAAAAAGAAAAAAAAAAGCAAAGAAAGAAAAGCCAACCUUACGAAAAGCAACAACAACAACAGUACACCUUAUCCUCCGGGAGUUUUCCUCUGUCUGCACAAUAAAACCUUAGGUUGUGUGUUGGAGCCGUGGCCACCUGUGUGUGCGGCGAGGGGCUGUGGGGGGGCACGGUUUGCCCUGCUGGGGGGGUGACCCCCCUUCCUGCACCCAUCUACGCCUCCGUUCCAUACUGGAGAACCCUUCUUCUCAGCUCAUUGUGAGCUCAGGGUUGGGGCCACCUGCGGCAUGGGGAGAGGGGCAGUGCGGGCCCCAGGAAGCACCCCUAGGAGGGAGGACCGACACGAAGCAGCCCCAUGAGCUGCCGCUCACCCCACACCGUGCCAACCUCGCGCCCCUGAGCGCGCACCCACUGCUCCUCAGGCUCAUGGCACGCUCCGCUCUCCUGCAGCCCUGGGGUCCACAGCGAUAUGACAUGGGGACAGCACGGUGCAGAUCAUCCUAGCAGACACAGCAGCCCUACAUGCCGAUGCCUCCAGCCGAGCCCGCUGAGCCUCAGCCUCCAGCAUGUCCCAGCUCUCCUCCACACUGAAACGGUACGUUGACUCGUCCCGCUAUGCCGAGAACACCUACAGCAAGAUGCCCAGCGGCUACAGCUCCUACACCUCCUACAGCUCCACCUAUGCCUAUGCAGACAGAGACAAAAUCGGCUUCAAAUCCAGCUACCUGCCCUCCCCUCGGUACCACCACAGCAGACUGUCCCCAACCGGCGGCUACGACAGCGGCCGCCUGCCCCUGUACCCCGACUCCAGCAUCCGCCUGAGCCCCGCUUACAUCCGCACACAGGCGCCGGGCGGGGGGCUGAGCGGGGGCUCGUGCUACUCCUUCACCGGGACCCCCGGCAGCCCCUCUGGCUACGUGUCCACCUCCACACUUCUCAGCCGUCGCAGAGCCGUCAGCCACUCGGACCUGGCGCAGGAGUUUUCGGGGCUGCACACGUCGGAUAGCGCCUACGCACCCAGCCCCAGUGCCCUGUACCAGGCUGCCACGCGCUCCGACUACGUCCGCGAUUACCUGGAGAAGAGCAGCCACUGCAGCCUGCCCUCCAGCCCCUCCGGCAGCCAGCUCUGUGAAAGGGAUGAUGGUUAUGGCGGCACGCAUGGCCCCGACCCCACGAGCUCCAAGGUGGUGCAGGGGCUGACUGGGCUGCGGAACCUCGGCAAUACGUGCUUCAUGAACUCCAUCCUGCAGUGCCUGAGCAACACCAAGGAGCUGCGGGAUUACUGCCUGCAGAACCAGUACCUGCGGGACCUCAACAACAACAGCCGCAUGCGCACCGCGCUCAUGUCAGAGUUUGCAAAGCUGAUCCAGCUGCUCUGGACCUCAUCCCCCAAUGACAGCGUGAGUCCCUCCGAGUUCAAGAUGCAGAUCCAGAGAUACGCCCCACGCUUUGUUGGAUACAACCAGCAGGAUGCACAGGAGUUCCUGCGCUUCCUCCUGGAUGGGCUGCACGGCGAGGUGAACCGCGUGCUGGUGCGGCCGCGGGCCAAUGCUGACACCUUGGACCACCUCCCUGAUGAUGAGAAGAGCCGCCAGAUGUGGCGGAGGUACCAGGAGCGGGAGGACAGUCGUGUUAGUGAUCUCUUCGUUGGGCAGCUGAAGAGCUCGCUGACCUGCAGUGAGUGCGGCUACUGCUCCACAGCCUUUGACCCCUUCUGGGACCUCUCCCUGCCCAUCCCCAAGAAAGGCUAUGGGGAAGUGACCCUGAUGGACUGCCUGCGGCUCUUCACCAAAGAGGACGUUCUGGAUGGGGAUGAGAAACCGACGUGCUGUCGCUGCAAAGCCAGGACGCGAUGCACCAAGAAAUUCAGCAUCCAGAAGUUCCCCAAGAUCCUGGUGCUCCACCUGAAGCGCUUCUCAGAGGCCAGGAUACGAGCCAGCAAGCUCACCACCUUCGUCAACUUCCCACUGAAGGACCUGGACCUGAGGGAGUUCGCCUCGCAGAGCUGCAACCACACCGUUUACAACCUCUACGCCGUCUCCAACCACUCGGGCACCACCAUGGGGGGACACUACACUGCCUACUGCAAGAGCCCCAUCUCCAGCGAGUGGCACAGCUUCAACGAUUCCCGCGUCACCCCCAUGUCCUCCAGCCACGUGCGCAGCAGCGAUGCCUACCUGCUCUUCUACGAGCUGGCCAGCCCAUCCUCACGCAUGUAGCCGGCCCCCGGGCACCCCUCGGAGCCUCCUACCUGGAUUUGGGCCCCCCAAGAACAGCAGAAAGCCCCGAGACGAGGGCAGGACCCAGGCAGCCCCAGUGCCUCCGGGCCGCUGGCGUUUGCUUUUUACCCUGGGGUAGGUUUUUCUUUUUCUCUUUCUGGUGUGUAAUAAAAAUACUGAGCAAGGGCCGUGGGGCUGCCUGCUCCCACCGGGACCUCGGGGACACCCGGAGUUGGGUCUCUUCUGGCAUCUCCGUACCACUCUGCCAUCCCCGAGGAUCCGUGAGCCUCCUCCCAGCUCCUCCAAACCUCCUGGUGAAGGAUCGCAGCUCUUCGGUCGCCUCCAUCCCACCUCCAUCCUCGUUCCGAUCGGCCCCAGACUCACGGCCAGGAGGGAGGAUGAUGCUUCAUGGAGUUUCUUUCUAUUUAUCACGGACUUCUCUCAGCCCGGACCAUCCCUCCUGGCUGCCCAGGGACUCAGGCCGGGGGGGGCUGACCCACCUCCUUAUACGACGGUGCCUUAAACCAUUUCGGGGCGCAGGAGGCCCUUGGGGUGCACAGGGAUGUCCGUCCUACGGGGGGGUUGGGGGGUGGGCAGCACCUUUCUAGUAGUGGGGCUUUCCUCCCCUCUUCACCAGGAGCCCCACGGGGUGCCCAGAGAUGCUCCCCUCACCCAGCCCCACUGCUCCGUCCUCCAGCUAGCAAACGCCAGUGGCCUUUUUAGCCUUUUCUCUAAUUUAUUCUCCUCCCCAUCCCACCCUGCCCGAGGUGCAAUGGGGGGGGACAUGCAACUGACCCAGCACAACCCCAGCCCCAGUCCAACCCAGCGCCCAUCCUGCUUUGGGCACGGGCUGAGCCCCCCUGCCCCGAUCACAUCCCCCAGGGGCAUCCCAGAGGGGCCGGGGGGCAGAGGUGGGUCCCGGGCUGGGGCAGCGCUGCAGCUCGGCAGGUGGCUUGUUUACUGUGUAAGCAAGAUGGGCAGGAUGUGUCUCGUACAAGGGAGACUCGUGUAGGAAUAAAUUUUAGCUGGAACAGA